UGCUCCCUCCACUAGGCGACACUGCUUCCCUCUUUUCGACUUGGCUAAAUCAAUAAAUCUUUUCUACAAGCCAAUUUCAUUAUUGUUGAAUGGUCAUAAUCAUAACACCGGAAUUAGAAAUUAUAUCUCGUUAUGAGAGCGGAAUGAUUGACAGAUAUAUCUUAACUAGAAAUAACUGAACCUUGUGGAGCAAACUUCUCAUGAUGCAGCUGAAUUUGUAGACAGUGGUCUGGGACUCACAGAUGUAUAAAGUCUUCUGAUAUUAUAGGGCUCCCAGUGGAUCAAAACAUAAGGAAUAAACCUUUCUUAUAUCAAAAAUGCCCGAUAAUAUGACCAGACUCAUUUGCCAACUCAUGUGACCCAAUUGCGAAUAAAUCAGUUUACUGAUCAGAAUUCUCAGUACAGACGCGAGAUGGCGCUGCAGGCUAAGAAUGUGAAUGAACCAAACUGCAGUGGGCUCCAUUAUUCAGGAAGACAACAGUGAAAAGGCAAGCAGGAAGGGAGAGUAGCAUUACUCGGGGCUGUGAUAGUGUCGGGGUCCCUUGGAAAAAGCUACAAAUCACCAUAUACCUAGUCGUUGAGAGAAAUCAAUUUAGUGUCGUGGCUUCAGAAGGGUGGUUUGUAGCCGAGCAAAUCUGCAUCUGUUGGAACGUGUGUUUCUGAAGAAGCAAUGCUGAAAGCAGAGGAGACGGUUCUGCGGAGAGGGCAAGUUAUGCGUCUUUUUGUUUACUUGUGCUUGUCUGGGGUGUAUUCGGAAACCGUUCGGUACUCGGUUUUGGAAGAAAUGGAGAGGGGCUCUUUGGUGGCUAAUGUGGUGAAGGACCUGGGGCUGGAUAGCAUGGAUCUGUACACCCGGAAUGCCAGGAUCGUUUCUGAAGGUGAGAAGGAGUAUUUUCAUCUUAAUCCCAAAACAGGGGAUUUGUUCAUAAAGGAGGAGCUCGACCGGGAAGGUUUAUGCGGCCAGAGUGAACCCUGCAUUGUGUCUUUUCAAAUUCUACUGGAAAACCCAUUGAAGUUUUAUCGAUCUGAAAUAUCAGUGGACGAUAUAAACGACCAUUCUCCAGUAUUCCUGGAGAAGAAAAUAGUUUUGAACAUCCUGGAAAAUAGCCCGGCAGGUACAGAAUUCCAAAUGGAAAGUGCACAGGAUUUGGAUGUGGGGAAUAACAGCCUCCAUGAGUACAGCAUCAGUCCUAACUCCUAUUUCCACAUUAAAACGCGCAGUCGCAGUGACGGCAGAAAGCACCCGGAACUGGUGCUGGAUAAAGUUCUGGAUCGAGAACAGCAGGCUGAGAUCCAUUUAACUAUUACGGCCCUGGAUGGGGGUUCUCCACCCAGGUCCGGAACUGCCGAGGUUCUCGUUAAUGUUUUGGAUAUUAAUGAUAACGCACCAGAGUUCACACAGCCACUGUAUGAGGUUCAGAUUUCUGAAAACAGUCCUGCGGGAUCAUUAGUUUCCAUAGUCUCUGCUACCGAUUUGGAUGCAGGAAGCAAUGGGGAAAUUUCAUACGCCUUGUUCCUUGUCACCGAGGAAAUUCGCAGAACGUUUCAAAUUCAUCCAAUAUCGGGGGAAAUUCGAGUACUACAACAAUUGGAUUUUGAAGCUAAGCAGUCAUACGAGUUUGAUAUUCAGGCUAAAGAUGGCGGGCGUCUUUCUGGCAAAUCUACUGUUUUUGUCCAAGUCAUUGAUGUCAACGACAAUCCCCCAGAACUCAUCAUGUCCUCAUUUACCAGCCCCAUCCCUGAAAAUUUACCUGAGACAGUGGUGGCUGUCUUCAGCGUUAAGGACCGCGACUCUGGGGACAACGGUAAAAUGGUUUGCUCCAUCCAGAACGAUCUCCCAUUUAUCCUAAAGCCCACUUUUAGGAACUUCUAUACUCUUGUAGCAGACCGACUAUUAGACAGAGAAAGCCAGUCCGAAUACAACGUAACCAUCACCGUGGCGGAUUUGGGCUCUCCGAGUCUUAAGGUGGAGAAGAACAUAACGGUGCUGAUAUCCGAUGUCAACGACAACCCCCCGGUGUUCAAUCAAACAUCCUACACACUGUAUGUCAAGGAAAACAACAGCCCCGCCCUGCACAUCGGCAGAGUCCAGGCCGUGGACAGAGACUCAGGGCAGAACGCCAGAGUGUCUUACACCCUACUGCCACCUGAGGACAGCGACCUUUCCCUAUCCUCCUUCGUCUCCAUCAACUCAGAAAACGGCAAUAUUUAUGUUCUGAGGUCCAUGGAUUACGAAGCCAUUCAGGAUUUCCAGUUCGCAGUGAGGGCUGCAGAUGGCGGUUCCCCGGCCCUGAGCAGCCAGGCCAUGGUCCGGGUGGUGGUCCUGGAUGACAAUGACAACAGUCCCUUCGUCCUGUACCCUCUGCAGAACGGCACCUCCCCCUGCAAUGACCUGGUCCCCAGGUGGGCGGAGGCCGGCUACCUGGUGACCAAGGUGGUGGCGGUGGAUGCAGAUUCAGCUCAGAACUCUUGGCUUUCUUUCCAGCUACUCAAGGCCACGGACCCUGGACUCUUCAGCGUGUGGUCCCACAACGGUGAAAUUCGAACCACAAGGCUCAUCACCGACAAAGACCCCGUCAAGCAGAAACUUGUUGUCCUGGUGAAGGAUCACGGGGACCCGCCUCUGUCCACGGCGGCCACUCUGUACGUGCUUCUAGUGGACGGCUUUUCGGACCCCUAUAUUCGGCUCCCGGAACUGCAUAGAAAAAAUGAGCCGGAGGACUCCCUCACGGUGUACCUGGUCAUUGCUCUGGCCUCCAUCUCAUUUCUCUUCCUCUUUUCGGUGAUUGUCUUCAUCAUAAUGAGGCUGUGGAGCAGGAGGAGAGACGUAGCGGAAGCCACCAACCUGGGCCCCGAUGGCCAUUUCCCGGGACAUUUGGUGGAUAUGAAUGGUACUGGGACUCUGUCUCACAAUUACCGCUAUGAGGUCUGUUUAACUACUGGGUCAGGUAACAGCGAGUUCCAGUUCCUCACCCAUCAUUCCCAGCCUUCCGACUCAGUACCCUGGAAUAGAUCUGUAGAGCGUUUCGCCCUCCAUUCAGAAGUGAAGCGAAUUUCUCUAAAUAUGAUUUAUAAUUCGCAGAACCGACGCCAGGUGGCGAUGCAGGCUAAGAAUGCGAAGAAACAAAACUGCAGACCCAGUGGACUCCAUUAUCCACCGAGCAAAUCUGUAUCAAUUGGAACGUGUGUUUCUGAAGAAGCAAUGCUGAAAGCGGAAGAGAUGAUUCAGCGGAGAGGGCAAGUUAUACGUCUUUUUGUUUGCUUGUGCUUGUCGGGGGUCUAUUCGGAAACCGUUCGGUACUCGGUAUUGGAAGAAACAGAGAAGGGUUCUUUGGUGGCUAAUGUGGCGGAGGACUUGGGGCUGGAUAGCGGGGAUCUGUCCUCCAGGAAUGCCCGGAUCGUUUCUGAGGUUGACAAAGAGUAUUUUAAUCUUAAUCCUCAGACAGGGGAUUUGUUCAUAAAGGAGAAACUCGACCGAGAGGGUCUAUGUGCCCAGAGUGAGCCCUGCAUUUUGCCUUUCCAAAUUUUACUGGAAAACCCAUUAAAGUUUUAUCGGACUGAGAUAGCAGUGGGCGAUAUAAACGACCACUCUCCAGUGUUUCUGGACAAGGAAAUGAUUCUCAAUAUCCCGGAGAAUAGUCCUGUGGGUACGGAAUUCCAAAUGGAAAGUGCACAGGAUUUGGAUGUCGGGAACAACAGCCUGCAGGAAUAUACCAUCAGCCCCAACUCCUAUUUCCACAUUAAUACUCGCAUUCACAGUGGCGGCAGGAAAUUCCCGGAAUUGGUGCUGGAUAAAGCGCUGGAUCGGGAGCAGCAGGAUGAGAUUCACUUAACCAUCACGGCCAUGGAUGGCGGUUCCCCGCCAAGAUCUGGAACUGCCGAGGUUCAUGUUCUUAUUGUGGACAUAAAUGACAAUGCUCCCGUUUUCACUCAGUCACGAUAUGAGGUUCAGAUUCCCGAAAACAGCCCUGCGGGCUCGCUGGUUUCCACGGUCACUGCUAAAGAUUUUGAUGCAGGAAUCAACGGAGAAAUAUCGUACUCUUUUUUCCGUGCUUCCGAAGAGAUUCGCAGAACGUUUCAGAUUCAUCCAAUUUCGGGGGAGAUUCGAUUAGUAGGACAGUUAGAUUUUGAGCAGAGUCAGUUGUAUGAGUUCGAUCUGGUGGCCAAAGAUGGAGGAGGCCUUUCUGGCAAAUGUACUGUGUAUGUUCAGGUCGGCGAUCUGAACGACAAUCCCCCGGAACUUAUCAUGUCAACAGUUACUAGCCCCAUCUCCGAGAAUGCUCCAGAGACAGUGGUAGCCGUUUUCAGUAUUAGAGAUCGCGACUCUGGGGACAAUGGUAGAGUGGUGUGUUCCAUCCAGAAUGAUCUCCCAUUCAAUUUAAAACCCACAUUUAGGAACUUCUAUACCUUGGUAACGGAUCGAGCGCUGGAUAGAGAAAUCCAAUCCGAAUAUAAUAUCACUAUCACUGUCAAGGAUCUGGGAUCCCCUAGCCUCAAAACGGAGCAAAACAUAACGGUGCUGAUAUCCGAUGUCAACGACAACCCCCCGGUGUUCAGUCAAACAUCCUACACGCUGUAUGUCAAGGAAAACAACAGCCCCGCCCUGCACAUCGGCGGGGUCCAGGCCGUGGACAGAGACUCAAGGCAGAACGCCAGAGUGUCUUACACCCUACUGGCCUCCGAAGACGGAGACCUUUCCCUGUCCUCCUAUGUCUCUAUCAACUCAGAAAACGGCAAUAUUUAUGCUCUGAGAUCCAUGGAUUACGAAGCCAUUCAGGAGUUCCAAUUCGCAGUGAGGGCAGCAGAUGGCGGUUCCCCGGCCUUGAGCAGCCAGGCGAUGGUUCGAGUGAUGGUCCUGGAUGACAAUGACAACAGUCCCUUCGUCCUGUACCCUCUGCAGAACGGCACCGCCCCCUGUAAUGACCUGGUCCCUAGAUGGGCGGAGGCCGGUUACCUGGUGACCAAGGUGGUGGCUGUGGAUGCAGACUCUGCUCAGAAUUCUUGGCUUUCCUUCCAGCUACUCAAGGCCACAGACCCUGGGCUUUUUAGCGUGUGGUCCCACAACGGGGAAGUCCGAACCACGAGGCUCAUCACCGACAAAGACCCCGUCAAACAGAAGCUCGUUGUACUUGUGAAGGAUCAUGGGGAGCCGCCUCUGUCCACCGCGGCCACUCUGCAUGUGUUUCUGGUGGACGGAUUUUCAGAACCCUACUUACGGCUUCCAGAAGUCGUGAGGGACGAUGAACCCGAAGACUCCUUCACGGUGUAUCUGGUCAUUGCUCUGGCCUCCAUCUCAUUCCUCUUCCUCUUCUCAGUGAUCGUCUUCAUAGUACUGAGGCUGUGGAGCAGGAGGGGAAAAGCCACGGAUGCCACGAGCCUGGGCCUCGAUGGUCAUUUCCCGGGACAUUUGGUGGAUAUGAACGGUACCGGGACCCUGUCCCAAAGUUACCGCUAUGAAGUUUGUUUAACCACUGGGUCCGGGAACAGCGAGUUCCAAUUCCUCAAACCAGUCAUCCCCAGCCUUCCUGCCCAGAGUGCGGGUAGAGACCUCGAAGAAAGCCAUCAAUUUCGCAAUAGCCUUGGCUUUAAUUAGAGUAUUCUUAGGA